CGAUAUCCAGUUAUCAUCUAUAGUAUUCUAUACUACUUCAUUUAACACUAUCUCACGAAGUUGCCCUAUUAAUAAAUCAUAAUCACGUACUGUAAACCCCACCGACUCUUCACUAGCAGAGAAGACACGAGAAAAAAUAUAUAAUAAUCCCAUGGCGGCCAACGGGGAGGCCGAGUCCGGUGCCGAUGAAUUCUGGAUCUUCGGCUACGGGAGUCUAAUAUGGAAGCCCCCGCCGCAUUAUGAUCGGCGGGUGCCCGGCUGGGUCACGGGAUACGUCAGGCGGUUCUGGCAGGCAAGCCAAGACCACCGCGGCACGCCCUCAGAGCCCGGGCGUGUCGUAACCCUCAUCGAACGCCCCUUCUGGGCCUCCCUCGCCGACGCGCACGACACCGCUCCGGACAAAGUCUGGGGCACCGCGUACCGGAUCGUGCCAGAAAAGGUGCGCGAGGUAAAAGAGUACCUCGACAUCCGGGAGAUCAACGGGUACAGCAUCCACUACACCGCCUUCCACUCCUCCUCCUCCUCCAUCAUCCCCCGCACCCUCGUCUACAUCGGCACCCCCGACAACGACCAGUUCACGGGCCCGCAGGACCCUCAGCAGCUCGCCGAGCACAUCUACGUGAGCGAGGGUCCCAGCGGGCUGAACCGCGAUUACCUCUUGAGUCUGGAAAAAGCGCUGGAUGAGCUGAGUCCCGAGAGCGGGGAUGCGCAUGUGACGGAUCUGUCGGACCGGGUGCGCGAGAUCGAGAGGAAGCAGAGGGAGGGCGAUCUGCUGGUCGAGGGCUUCGAGCACGACCCUGUCGCGCAUGAGUUUAGGAAGGUGACGAGUGUGGAUGAGCAGGAGGAGACGGAGAAGGAGUAGCUUAAGGAGAGUCACGUUGUGGCAUCGCUGUGCAAGGGUAGAGAGGGGGGUUUGGAUCUCGACAGAAAAACCUGUUGGCUCAUAGCGGUUCUGCUAGUUACAUAUUUUCGGUUGCUGCCCUUCCCCUUUUCCUAUUUCCACUAAAAAACUCGCAAUUGGGUAUACCCACUCCAUCCAGGGAACCUCAUUUCCUCUCUUAAACCGCGAACCUUUUUGCGAUUUUAAUCUUUCCUCCCUCCUCCUCAAACUCGGGAAAACUUCAUCAUAACCACAAGCAAUAUUUCCCCCUUUUUUCAGCCUUUUGUGGGGAUAUAAAAGAUGGUUGAGGCUACCUAACUGAAGCA